AAAAAUAUAUAAAUAUAAAUAUAAAAUGGUAUAAACCAAGUUUUCUAAUAUUACAAUUACACUUUUUCCUUUUUCUUUUGUGAUUUAUUAUUUUAAAAGGACACAACUACUUUAAUCUUUAUUUAUUUAUUUUUUUUGAUUCUUUCAUUACACAACAUGAAUUAUAAUAAUUUAGUAAACACAUUGUCACACAAUGAUUUGGUAGAUGAACGUUGGGAUGAUGACUUUGACUAUUAUUACUCUGAAGCAAAAGGACCUAAAUUAGACGUUUUAUUUCAAAAUUUAACUAUGAAUCAUAACCAACAAACGACCAAAGAGGUUUCAGGAGCUGAUAAGGAAAAAAAAGAGAUGAGUAAUGAUGAUAGUUUAAAUACAAUAUGCUUUAAAGAAGAUAUAACACCUGAUGAUGAAGAUCAAGAUAAGCAAAUUUAUUUCAAUGAUUACCCUACCAUUGAAAUUAAUUUAGCGACUCCAUCAACGACACCUUCUAUGAUUGAAGAAGAAGAAGAUUAUGACUAUUUGACAACUACACAAACACAACCUAAUAGGACUACUAAAAAGGAAGAAGAAGGAGAAGAUUUCUCUAUUAUUCCAUUGAAUGAAUUUGAUAACUAUGAUGAAUUAAAUGAAGAAUUGAUGCUUAAUGAAUGCGUCACUAUUAAACCACAAGAAGUCAGCAAAGAAACCAACAAAAAAGACAGAACGCCCUUAAAUUUGUACACAUAUCACUCAAGUCUUGUUCAAUAUUAUAUGGACAUUAUUUUACAUAAAACAGAUCCACUUUCUAUAUCUUCUCAAGUCUCUGAAACGUUACCUAAUUUGUAUAAAAAUUACAUUCAAAAGUUAAGGGACUUAUGAUGAUGAAUAACCUCUAUCUUUUUAUUUAUAAGCAUUUAACCAUUCCUUUUCUUUUUUGCAACGAUACCCCUUUCUCCUUACUUACUUUUAUAAUAAUCUUUUCAUUAAUAAAAUAACGUUUUUUAUUUGUCUAAAA